AUGGCGGCGUCGUUGUUGGCGCCGUUGGUGCUGGUGCGCACGGGGCGGCGCGCGGCGCUGGUGGCGUCGGGUGGUGCGGCGGCGCUGGCGCACGCCGUGCACGUGGUGAGCCUGCGCGCGGCCGAGGCGACGGCCGGGGGCGCGGCGGUGUCGUUUGGCGCGCUGUGCUCGGCCGCCGCCGCCCACGCCCUCGCCCUGGGCCCGCUGCCUCUGGCGCUGGCCGCAGAGCUCGCACCGCCGCCCGCCCGCGAGGCCACGGCCGCCCUCGCCGCCGCCGCCACCGGCGCCGCCUGGUGGGCCGCCUCCCGCAUGCAUCAGGAGCUGUGGGGCCGCGGCCUGGCCUACGUGUCCUUCUACCUGAGCACCGCGUGCUGCGGCCUGGCGGCGUGGCUGUCGUUCGCGCAGCUGCCCGAGACGAAGAACCUGAGCCUGCAGCAGGUGCAGGCGGCGCUGCUGGGCAAAGUGAGAAAGUCGACGCUCUUAGUGUGGUCCACGAUGAAGCCCGCAACC